UAAUGAAUAAAAUGACUCUCGGCCUUGCUCCAGGACGGAUAACCAUUAAGUACGAACGUUCAAUCGUUCGUGGGCAUUUCCUAUCAAGUACCUUAAGACAACCGAUUGUUAUACAAUAAUUUUUGCAACCUCUUACAAAUAAAAAGCAUGAGAAUUUGAAAUUAUUUGUCAGAUCGAAACACCUGGAAAUUUUCGCGGUAGCGUUUAUUGGAUUUCUUCAUAUAUUUCGAUGUGUUUGUAUUUCAAAAUAGGAUUGUGACCCAUGAAUCAAUUUUUGAAGAACUCAUUAACGAAUUAGUAUUUCUACAUAGAGCAGCAUUUCAAAAAGUAGAACUAUGGAGUGGAAGGAAAAUUCCAAGGCCGAAAAAUAGUAAGAAAACAAACGACGUCAUCUCGCGUUGAUGAUAAUGAUGAAACAUGCACACCACGAAACAAACAUACGAAGCAAUCUCUGACGACGUUGGCAUCGAUUGGAUAAUCGAUGAUUUCUCGAGACGUAACUUUUAGAAUCAAAUGUCAAUUAAUUCAAACCGAUUAUAACCAUUGUAUCGAGCGAAACUAUCGCGUAACUUCGCAGUUGUCAAAUUAUAUUACUGGUAGAUGGUGGAAACAUUAUUGGUAAAAGAUAAAUGACAUUGCGGAGUUACACAUUCCAGAAAGAAGCGAAUGGGCAAAUGAUCGAGAGAGAAUGGAUGAACCAGCAACAGCUCGUCCGCAACAAGUUCGUUGACGUUUUAACUUUUUUGAUCCUGUGGUACAGAAGAUUGAAAUAUUUUGGCAUUUCUUGCAGACUCCCUCUUAUUUCGAGUGGGAUUUUGUUAAUGACAUAAGCACUGUUACCAAAGACGAAAAUUCCAUUGUCGAAAUCUUGUUAUGCCGACUGGAUCACCGAAGCAUAUACACGUGGGUCGGACCACUACUCCUCGCUCUGAAUCCUGGAAAGCACAUCGAGGAUCUUUACGGUGAUAAAAUGCAGGAAUAUUUCGCCCAGGAGGAUAAAAAUGAUCCUCGAAACUCGACACCUCACGUGUAUGCAGUGGCAAAUCGUGCACGUUACAGACUUGUCCAUGGCUUCGGAAAAAUCAAUCAAGUCAUAGUGAUAAGCGGUGAAAGUGGCGCAGGCAAAACUUUCAACGCUCGAAGAGCUCUCGAUUUUUUAGCAGCUCGAAACGAAAUAGUAUCGAAAACUUCUCACCUCGAUAUUCAUGCUGACAAAUCGUGUAAGACGAUUAUUCAUAAGAUUGCAAAUGUCAUUCCUCUCGUUUCGGCAUUUACCACAGCGAGAACUACGAGAAACAUGAAAAGUUCGAGGCAUGGACAGAUGUUGCGUCUUCAAUAUGACGAACGCUGUGUUAUACGCGGAGCUUCGAUACACUCGUUUCUUUUUGAGAGAACGAGAGUGACGGAGUGUUCCGAUAACUUUGAAAUAUUUUAUCAGCUCCUGUACGGGCUAUCCGAAGAAGAGAUUGCCGAACUUCUUUUAUCUCGUGAUCAAAACUACACGGUUCUCGGUAUACGUAACUCGAGAGACUCCUGCUCUUUGGCCGAAGAAUUUCGCGAAACAGUAGCAUCUUUCAAAGCUCUGGACUUCACGGACGAAUGUAGAGUCGACAUUUUUCGAGUCAUAGCUUUCCUCGUCCACUUGGGAAAUAUACGAUUCGAUAAGACAAUCGGUGAAGGAAUCUCGAUUGACUUGGCGAACGAAGAUUCCAAAAACGCUCUGAAGAAUGCUUGUUCUCUAAUAUCACUCCCGGAAUACGAGUUGACCCAAUUGCUAACGUCGACUAUCAUAUGCCCGCAAAGUUCCGGAGGAAGGCACUCGAGUUAUCGUCGUUACUUCAAAACAACGGACGAUUGUCGCAAUAGAUUAUUCAGCAUAGCUCGAUUCAUUUACGAUCGCUUGUUCAACCGGCUCGUUGAACGCGUCAACGAGAUUCUACACGACACUGGCAACAAUUAUAAUUGGUUGGGACUGCUAGACAUAUUUGGCUUUGAAUCGUUCGAUUACAAUGGCCUGGAACAGCUUUGCAUAAAUUAUGCAACCGAAAGACUUCAGCUAUACUUUAUGGAAGAUUAUCUGGAGGCUGGUCAGCGAGAGCUCGAAGAAGAAGGUUUAGUUACGUUACCGACGUCCGUCUCGAUCGAGCUCUACAGAGACAGAAUAUUCGUUAUUGAAAAUAUUGUUUUUUCAACAUUCGACGACGCGUCACGGUCACCAAUCGCACUAAAAUCGUCGACGCUGCUUCAACAAAUGCAUGCGAAGCAAAAAGGAAAAUCAGGUUUCUUGGUCACGAAAAAUAACGUUUUCAUGAUCGAGCAUUACUCCUGCCCGGUGGAAUACAACGUGAAUAACUUGUUAUCGAAAAAUACAGAUAAGGUAGGCUGGGAGACGCGAGAGAGGAAGAUAUUUGUGGGAGACGAAAAAAACAAUAUUGUUAUCGAAUCGUCGAAGCUUCUUUGUAUGAGCAGGUACCAUCGGAAUUAUCGUCUGUAUUCGGCAAUUGUAAAAAUAAGUUGUUGCUCUCGCUGUUGGAAAUCGAGCAAGAAAGUUUCUCUGAAACACGUGGCCCUCGCAGCAAAUCGACCACCGCUCUGGCCAAACUGAAACUAGGUUUGGAUUGUCUCGUUAAGGAGUUGAACAAGUGCGAUUCGCAUUACGUACGAUGUGCAAAGCCAAGACGCUUGAAUGGAUGCUGGGCUAAGCUUGAGUUUAAAAAGCAACUUGCUGAUACCGGUAUAUUUGACGCUUUGCCUUUGGCACGAUGGAAACUUCCGAUCAGAUUCCAAUACGACGAAUUUUACAAACGUUAUUCGAUCCGCAAAGAACAAGCUUCGGAUCUGUUCCGUAGACUGGAAGGAAUAUUGAAUACCAAAGAUUUGGGAAACUCUAUUCAUUUUGGAAAAGGCUCAAUUUUUUUUACCGAAGUGGUUUUCGCUGAUUUAGAGACUUAUCGAACGAGGCUGCGGUCUCGGUGCGCCAAAAAAAUUCAAUCAUUCUGGAUCAAAGCCAGGCAAAAACGUCGAGGAAUGAUCUUUGCACGAUCGGCUGACGAAGUACUGCAUCAAAUGACUGACAAAAAAACAGUUUUUGAAAUCGACGCAAAAGAUUGCGAACCAUUCCGAGACUACGAAGCUACAAGAAAGAAUGUUGACAGAAUAAAAACGUUGCAAACUCCGCGAAUAUUAUCGGCAGAUACUGGCUAUUUGUCGAAUGUGACCGUGGAAGAAGAAUGUGAACGGCUCGAAGUUGAAUCACCGCGAAUUUCGGAGAUUUCUACGUGUUCGUCGCCGGAAUGGUCUGAAAGUGAGUUGAGUCAUGGAGAACUGGUAAGAGUAGUUCGUCGAGCACUUUUCGAUCCGUGGAAAGAUUCGUACGUGCGGAACUGGUUAAAUUUACAUCUGAUAGAAACGAAACGUAAACACAAGCCGGAAUUACGCAGAGACUCGACCCUGAUUGUCGAUUCUGAUAAAUCGACAUUGUUCUAUCGAAAUAGAGUACUAAGUCGUCGCCUUCCGGAGGAAAUUCCUGUGAAAUUUCACACUCGCUUGACGUGCUUGACAUAUUCUCAUCGUUUGCCUCAAAUCUUAAAACCACGCGGACUUCAAGAUUGUCUUUCUCAAACAACAUUUCCAGUGGUAGAGUUUUGAAUGUUUUUUUCUGA